CCCAUUGUUUGUGUGUGUGGUAUCGAUGCAUCAGACAGAUGUCAGUGCCAUAGGGUUAUUGUUCAAGUGCGAUGCCGCUGUUUAUACUAAGUUGUCGCAUACGAGGGACCAUUGCUGCUGGAAACAUGAUCGCGCGCACCGGCGUGCUCGCGUGCCUAGCCGGGCUGCUGUGCGCCUGCGCAGCCCGCGAGUGUAUCGAACUGACGAUCGACGACAAUAUCCUUGCGGACUCUAUUUUGAAUGGGACAAUACUCAAAAUUGGUGCGAAAAAUGAUACUUAUGAGGAAAGUGCGAAGUUCAAUGUUUUGGGACUAUGGGACAAGUUUCCGAGGGUUAUGGUGCCGGUGAAUGGGACCAGUGAGCAGUGUCGGAGGGACAGUCAGCUGUUUUUGGACAGUCUUGAUCGGCUGGAGCUAUGGGCGUUGAAAAUGUUCGACGCGACGGCCAAGCCUCCUUCUGGCAUACUAAGUGGGAAUGUCAACCAAUACGGGGACUUUGAUGAAUGUUUGGGGAUCGAUGGAGCGGUGCGAGGCAAGUACUGCUUGGCGUCACUGCAAGUUAAUAUUGGCGGCGAAAAGGGACACGACCAUUUGGACUAUUUGAUACACAGUGGCCAUUAUUUAAGAAGCAAUGUGACUGAUAUGGGUCACCGGCUUCCAAGAUAUUCAAGUAUUCUAUGGGGAGUAUGCAUACCAAGUUCAUGCAGCAGCUUCGACUUGGAAGAUGAGCUAUCCUAUAAGCUAUCUGAUCUCGACAUUUCAGUGAGAGUUCAAAACACCAUGUGCACUGUUAAGAACGUUAAAAGGCCAUACUCUUUUGGGAAAUCUUUGGCUAUUACAUUUUUUCUAGCAAUUAUCCUAUUGUUGAGUUUGGGAACAAUGCUGGACGACGGGAAGGAGGGCGGAACAAACUUCGAGAAACUUCUCAACGCGUUUUCUUUGAAACGCAAUUUGAGGAAAGUGUUCGACUUGACAGACUCGCCGACUCGAGUGAAGGGGGUUGACGCAUUUAGGGGACUCAAUGCUGUGGCUCUGCUCCUCGCACACAAAUCCAUGGCGAUGGCCCAUAAUCCUUAUGUGAAUAAAACUAGCUUUUCUGAGGUAUUCGGAAUGCCAUGGGCUGUGAUCGGUCGCUCGGCAAUCGUAUACACGGACAGCUUUCUCUAUCUCAGCGGGUUUCUAAACGCACACAACCUGCUCCAAGAGCUGGAAAGGAAAGGCACCAUCGACAUGAAGAACAGACUCCUGGCCAGGUGGUUCAGACUGUUCCCGCUAUUUCUCAGUAUAAUGCUGUUCUGCACCUACAUUCUUCCUGACGUCAAUAACGGGCCCCAGUGGAACCUCGUGGUGGAAGAGCACAGCCGAGUUUGCCAGAAGAACAUGUGGAAAAGCUUUCUUUUCAUACACAACUACUUCGGCUUUGAGGAGAUGUGUUUAACCCACACACACCAAAUCGGCAUGGACAUGCAGCUGUACGUGGCAACGCUUCCUCUCAUGUUGCUACUGUGGAAGUUCAGAACCCUCGGCCUGGCUCUCAUACUGGGUGUAGCCACAGCGUCCACCGUUCUCAGAUACCUGGCGAUCCACUGGUACGACAUCAGCAUGUUCGUGUAUUAUGGAAUCUCAGUUCAGAAAUUAUUGGACGCCGCGCGAUACUCCUACAUUCUGCCGACGCACCGCGCCACUAUUUACUUGAUUGGCGUUAUUAUGGCCUAUUUCAUUAAAUCCAAACGAUCGCGCAUUAAUCUCAGUGAUAGCCAAGUGAGACUAGCCUGGGCAGUAUGCUUCGCGCUGGGCGCGUUCACGGUCGCCAGCCCCUACCGGCAGGGCCUUGAGGGCUACCAGUACGAGCGCUUUGACGCAGCGCUGUUCGCUGCCUUCACGCCCAUACUGUGGGGUGUGUUCAUGUGCAUCGCGCAUUGGUGCAUUUAUAAUGAUUAUGCCGGUAUGGGCACGUGGUUCGUGGAGUCGUGGAUGUUCAAGUUCUUCAACAAGAUCGCGUACGGCGUCUACCUCACCCAGUUCCCCGUCUUCUUCUACAACGUCGGCAUACAGCGACAUGCAGAGCACUACACACCUUUGCUACUUUUCCACAUCCCCGAAAUGGCAGCAGUGUUUCUUAUAUCAAUAAUCGCGACAGUAGCUAUCGAGAUGCCCUUCAACCAAGUGUAUAGGAUAUAUUUUGGAAAAUCACAGACGAAAUUAAAGGAAAAAUGAGGGGAAAAAAAAUAUGACUGAAUUAUAAUUAUGUUUAACUCGUAAGCCAAACAUCACGUAUUUAGUUUAAAUGUAUUCUUUGACUAUUUUUGUACGAUAUUAACUGUAGGACUAACUGUAUUGUGUAAGAAGAAAAAUGACGGAAAAAUAAAUGACCAUAGACAA